AUGACAGUGAGCACACAAUAUCGGACAAAUGUAUUCGUAAUUUUUCAUUCAGGAAGAAGGAUCUGGAAAAUUGAACUGCGUCGGUAACAAAGAUAACAAAUUUGAAGUAUUUGGAGAUGGAGAGAAGCCUAUUUCCCCUUUUGUAUGUCCUUCCGAGUACAAUCCGGGAGCCACAUGACAUAUGACAUCCGCCACUUAUACGAUCUCAAAUUCGACGAACUCGCCAACGUGCUUCCUAAUUUUCCGAAUAUUCUUCGGCUGAAUUCCUUCAGAAGAACGUCUUUGGACACUUUGGCAUCUCUAGGUUCCCUUCAAAUAAUUUUAUCUACUCACAAUCAGUUAAACUCUCCCUUUUCAGCUUCUUAUGAAGACGCGAAUACUAUUCUGCAGCUAUCCGAAGACAGUCCAGAGCUAGUCCUCGAGGCUUUGAAGAAGAAUGCCCACAUGAUUAUCUUCAAUGUUUUGCCGAUUGAUUCAAAGUGCGACCGUUUUCUGAUGGUAUUUUACGAAUGGGCGAGAUGUGUGAAUCUCGUCGAAUGA